AUGCCCGCUGAAAUGUGCCCAAAGGAAGCUGAAAGUCAUCGUGGAAGGACUUUUCCCGAAGCACGACCCAACGACUUGGCCCCCUACACCGUGGCGAAAGGAUUGAAGGUAAAGAAAGCUCCCGGUCCGGAUGGAAUCCCUAACGUAGCGUUGAUAGUGGCGAUCCAGGCGUCCCCGGACAUGUUCAGGAUGGUGCUGCAGAAAGGCCUGGAGGAGGGUCACUUUACUGACAGAUGGAAGGUACAGAAGCUAGUGUUGCUGCCGAAACCAGAAAAACCACCGGGGGAGCCAUGCCUGCUGAAUACAUUCGGAAAACUCUUGAAGAGGAUCAUCCUAAACAGGCUGAUGAAAUGCACGGAGAGCUUCAUCCUUGGUCCAACGCUCUGGAAUGGGAUGUACAACAGCGUGCUAACGCUGAAGCUGCCCAAUGGAGUUCAGAUCGUUGGCUUUGCGGACGAGGUCGUGUUGACAGUAACAGGCGAGACGCUGGAAGAGGUGGAAGUGUUGUCAACCGAGGAGAUCGACAUGAUUGUAUCGGAGAUUGUGAGCGAGCUGAAGGAUACCUCGCUGUAUACGCCCAAUACUGGUGGCCGUGAACGGUUCCUGGGGAAAGCACUAGACACGAACCUCCUCCCAGAUGAACAUGAUUUCGCUGCAAUGUCGACCGAGCGCCGUAUCAAGACGCUAAAGAUGCGGCUGAAGAGUAUUAUGACGUCGCUGAACCUCAUUAAGACCUUCGUAGACGAUUACGAUGAGGAGACGCAGGCCGACGAAGUCCCUGUCCGUCUUGAGAGCCUGAUCAAGUUGUGGUCAGACUAUAAUACUUUCCAAAGCGAGCUGGAGACGCUCGAUGAAGCUGCCAUCGAGGCCCAUCUGAAGGAGCGGGCUUCGCUUGAGUCCGCUUAUUAUCACGUCAAGGGCUUUCUGUUGGCCCGAAAUAAAACGCCAAUUACACCAACUCGCCCGUUUCCUAAUCAUUCAGAAACGCAAUUCCUUCCGUCGGCAUCGCAGGUGCGUUUGCCCGACGUUAAACUCCCUGUCUUCGAUGGCAAAUUGGAAAACUGGCUUAACUUUCACGAUUUGUAUGUGUCGCUGGUCCACUCAGCUGUUGGUCUCUCGAAUAUCCAGAAGUUUUAUUACCUCCGAUCAUCAUUAUCGAACACAGCUCUUCAACUCAUCCAAACGAUCCCAAUAUGUGCGAACAAUUACCCGGUGGCAUGGAACCUUCUGCUGGAACACUUCCAAAACCCUGCUCGGCUGAAGCAGGCGUACGUAGACACUCUCUUCGAUUUCGCUUCUAUCAAAAGAGAAACGGCAACGGAACUCCACAGUCUGGUGGAGAAAUUCGAGGCAAACGUCAAAGUUUUGCAGCAAUUACGUGAACGCACGGAAUAUUGGGAUAUUUUGCUCAUCCGUAUGCUCAGCACUCAACUGGAUCCGACGACAAGGCGAGAUUGGGAGGAGUACUCUUCGACCAAACCAGCGAUCACUUUCAAAGACCUGACAUCUUUCAUCCAGCGACGAGUUACGGUGCUGCAAUCCAUCCAGGCCAAGCCCAUCGAAGCUCAAUCGUCGACCGUUCAGAAGAAGCCAGUUCAGCGAUCCGUCUCGAGCCACGGAGCCAACCAGCUUUCAAUAGAAGAAAAGGAGAAAGAGAUAUGCCGUCAUCAACUCUGCCGAAAUUGUCUUCGAAAGGGUCACCUAUCAAGGGAUUGUUCGUCGUCUACCAACUGCCGAAAGUGUCGUGGACGUCAUCACACGCAGCUAUGCUCGAACGAUUCCUCUUUUUCGUCGAACUCGAAGCCAGUCCAGCAUCCGAAACCUGCUACACCUACUCCAGCUACCAUUCCUCCGACCAUGUCCUCAUCUGUUACGGUCGUCGAAUCCAUCAAUUACGCUUCCGCUGGCCAUAAGAAGAAGACAGUUCUCCUUGCCACUGCUAUGAUCAUCUUAAUCGAUGACAACGGGGUCGAGUACGUUGCCCGCGCACUUCUGGACUCAGGAAGUGAAUGCUGCUUCAUCACGGAAAGGUUUUCGCAGCGCAUCAAGCCUCAGAGGAAGAAAAUCUAUCUUCCAAUCUCCGGAAUUGGUCAAGCGUCCACUCAAGCUAGGCUUAAGUUUUCAUCCACAAUCCGCUCUCGAGUUGGCACGUACUCCACCAGCGUCGAAUUUCUCGUUCUACCCAAGGUGACCAUCGAUCUACCAGCCACUUCCGUUGAUACUUCAACUUGGGACAUGCCACCCAGCAUUCAACUCGCAGAUCCGUCGUUUGACAGCACCAAUCCCAUCGAUGUCAUAAUUGGAGCCGAAAUUUUCUUUGACUUGUUCAAGGUUCCUGGACGCAUUCCUCUCGGCGACAAUCUUCCGGUAUUGGUCAAUUCCGUCUUUGGUUGGGUAGUAGCUGGGAAAUCUACAAUGAGUCCGUCUACCGCUCUCGUCGUUGCAAACGUCGCAGAUAUCCAUCAGCUCAUGGAAAAGUUCUGGACAAUCGAGGAAGACAGCACAUCGACAGCGUACUCCGUCGAAGAAGCUGCCUGCGAGGAACAUUUUUCUCGUACUGUAGCUCGUACUCCAGAAGGACGCUACGUAGUCCGCUUACCGUUCAAGGAAGAGGUCAUAAAUCAAGUUAGCGACAACCGUCGUACCGCUGUUCGUCGAUUCCACCUGCUUCAAGGUCGUCUAAUCCGCAACCCCGACCUUCACCAGCAGUACAAGGCUUUCAUCGACGAGUAUCUCGACCUCGGACACAUGAAGCGCAUUCAUGAUUACGAAGACCCAGAGGUACAGCACUAUUACCUCCCACAUCACGCUGUGAUACGAGAGGAAAGCACGACGACGAAGUUACGGGUCGUCUUUGAUGCCUCGUGUAAAACCCCGAACGGACCUUCGCUCAACGACGCUCUGAUGGUUGGACCAACGGUGCAAGAGGACAUCCGAUCGAUCACGAUGCGCUCCCGAAAGCAUCAAGUCAUGGUAGUUGCUGAUGCCAAGAUGAUGUACCGUCAAGUUCUCGUCGACCCUCGUGACUGCCGAGUCCAACUCAUCGUCUGGAAACCAUCACCGGACCAUCCGAUGGAGACAUAUCAACUGAAUACCGUAACGUACGGUACUGCCAGCGCUCCUUUCCUCGCCACUCGGGUACUGAUCCAACUUGCCGACGACAAAGGUCAAUGUUUUCCCCUUGCAGCCAAAGCUCUGAAGAAAGACGUCUACGUUUACGAUCUCUUUUCCGGCGGAAGAAACGCAGCAGAAGUAAUUGAACUCCGGAACCAGCUAGAUGCACUCCUAGCAAAAGGCGGAUUUCAACUUCGCAAGUGGGCUUCAAACGAUGAGGCAGUACUCAAGGGAAUUCCACCUGAAAAUCGCGCACUCAAGACUUCCGUAGACCUCGAUCGAGAUCAGGUCAUCAAAACUCUCGGGCUACAUUGGGAACCAGCCUCAGAUUGCCUGCGAUACAAAAUCGACCUACCAUCUGAUACAGCAGACCAACCUGUUACUAAACGAAUCGCUCUUUCGCUCAUCGCCCGUCUCUACGACCCGCUUGGCUUAGUGGGACCUGUCGUAACUGCUGCCAAGGUUUUCAUGCAGAACUUGUGGAAACUGAAAAACGACAGUGGAUCUUCGUGGAGUUGGGACAAGGAACUACCGAUGGAGUACCAGAUCCAUUGGACAAAUUACCUGUCUAAAUUGCCGCGACUCAACGAACUUCGCAUCGAACGCUGUAUUCUGCAACCCGAACCUGCAACGAUCCAGAUCCACAUCUUCGCUGAUGCCUCGCAGCUUGCCUAUGGAGCCUGUGCAUACGUCAGAUCCACUAAUGCAUCUGGAAUAGUUAAGGUUGCCCUCCUCACUGCAAAAUCAAGAGUAGCACCUCUAAAAAGGCAAUCGAUUCCUCGACUCGAGCUCAGUGGAGCACUACUGGCAGCGCAACUCUACGAAAAGGUUCAGUCAUCGCUCCGUCUCGACACGAAAUGCUACUUCUGGCUCGAUAGCACCGUCGUACUCUGCUGGCUCAACGCAUCUCCUUCUACUUGGAACACGUUCGUUGCCAACCGAACAUCUAAGAUCCAGCUCACCACCCAGAAUAGCUCGUGGAAUCAUGUCGCUGGUCUAGAAAAUCCUGCGGACUGCAUUUCACGUGGGAUAACUGCAGACACUAUAAUUGAUUUUGACAUCUGGUGGCAGGGACCUGAAUGGCUUCGGCAACCUCAAGAUUGCUGGCCAGUAGCUGGAAGUACACAAGAUCAACCUUCUGAGGCGUUGGAAGAAGCACGUCGAAUCUCCUUAGCAGUAUCGUCGUCACCAAACGAACCGUCAUUCGUCGACCUGCUCGUCGAAAAAUUCUCCGAAUACCAUUACCUUUUGCGUGUGGUCGCUUACUGCCGUCGUUUUCUUCAAAGCUGUCGAAAACAAUCCAGUGGACUGCCAAAUUCUACUCUGCUGAAAGUAGAAGAGAUGUUAGAAGCGGAGAGAAUACUCAUCAGAUUGGUUCAACAACAAGCCUAUAGCGAAGAGUGGAAGCAGCUUCAACAGUCGGAACCAGUAUCGAUGAAAUCUCGCCUCAAGUGGUUCCACCCGUUCAUCUCGUCAGAGAAGGUAAUUCGCAUCGGUGGCAGAUUGGAAAAGGCAGAACAACCAUACGAUAGCAAGCAUCAAAUUCUCCUGCCAGCAUCGCACAAACUUUCGCUGCUUUUGGUUCGCAGCUAUCACGAACGGCAUCUCCACGCAGCUCCACAAUUGCUCCUCAAUCUACUUCGGCAACGGUACUGGAUCAUAGGGGCCAGGAACAUGGCCAAGCGUGUGGUUCACACCUGUGUUACUUGCUUCCGAGCACGCCCUCGAAUGCUAGAGCAAUUUAUGGCCGAGCUUCCUGCGUCAAGAACUACUGCAAGUCGACCCUUCACCAUUACAGGAGUAGACUAUUGGGGACCAAUUUCACUCAAGCCUAUACAUCGUCGUGCUGCACCCGGGAAAGCUUACGUUGCCGUGUUUAUUUGCUUCUCCACGAAAGCAGUACAUCUGGAACUUGUAGCAGAUCUCAGCACACCGAAAUUUUUACAAGCGCUUCGUCGAUUCGUGUCUCGCCGUGGCCUUUGCUCCGAUCUACACAGCGAUAAUGGUCGAAACUUCGUUGGAGCGAAUAAUGAACUUCGGGAUCUCGUUCGCAACAAGGAGCAUCGCAAUGCUAUCGCACAAGAAUGCAACCUGCAAGGAAUUCGUUGGCACUUCAACCCUCCUAGAGCAUCCCACUUCGGCGGGCUGUGGGAGGCCGCAAUAAAGUCUGCUCAAAAGCAUUUCGUGCGGGUCCUCGGAAAGCACACUCUUGCCUACGACGACAUGACUACGCUACUGUGCCAAAUCGAAUCCUGUCUGAACUCUCGACCGAUUGUUCCACUGAGCGAUGAUCCUAGCGACUUUGAGCCACUCACUCCGGGACACUUUUUAACGGGAUCCGCCCUCAAGGCUGUUCCAGACGUCAAUUACAUUGAUAUCCCAACGAAUCGACUUCGACAGUGGCACCUGGUCCAAAAACUGUUCCAGGAAUUGUGGAAAAGAUGGCACUUGGAGUACCUUUCCACACUGCAGCCACGUACAAAAUGGUGCAAUCCACCUAUUCAGCUGCAGCAAAACCAACUUGUUGUUCUUCGCGACGGAAACACUGCACCAAUGCACUGGCAGACCGCUAGAAUCGACCAGGUUCAUCCCGGUUCAGAUGGAGUCAUCAGGGUAGUGACGGUCCAAACACCAACCGGCCGUUACGUUCGCCCGGUAUCAAAAAUUUGCCUUUUACCAGUGCAAUCAUCGUCCGACCAAAACCAACCACCACAGAUGUAA